AGUCUUGUUGAUAGGCUUCUUGCUUCUCGGAGAAGGUUGGCUAAAAGAAAAGUUUCUUGAAUGGAUGAUGUACAAGCUUUGCCUUAUAAAGAGUGGGACUCCCGCUCAUAUUUCGCGCGCUUGAAUGCCAUUGGCCAGUCUCACUGGCAUGAUUCAAUAAGGCCUCAGUAGUAUUUUAGGAAAGGUUAUUUCCCAUAGCAAUGUAGAGUGACGGAAUCGAAAGGGAACACCAUUAUUUUGACAGGAAAAUACAACAAAGAAUAUUGUUUACAUUGUAGCGCGUCAAUUCUGCAUGUUAUGAAAGACUCUCUUGCUCUGUAUCUUUCUUUGCGUGUGUGAGAUAAAGCGACGGCAAGCCGUGCGCCUUCACACUUGAGUUUAUGGUACGUCAAAUACAGCUACACUCCGCAUCCAUUCAGAUGAACUGAAAAAUAAAAUAAUAUUAUAUAAAAUUAUAGUAACGCCGCAUUUUAUUGUCAGUAACGGUAACGGCGGAAACAGUAAUUCGUUUGAUUACUCGUUACUGAAAAAAAUAACGCCGUUUAUUUAUAACGUCGUUAUUCACGUCAAUGGUCAUAACUGAGGGUGUUCAACCGCUUGAUUUACAUGGGUUUCACACGGUUAUAGAUACUUGCUUGCAAAUGUGAGGAGUGCAAAUAUUACUGGGUACUUAACAGAUGUUUAACCAAAUAUCUGCAGGUGGCUGGCAGUGCAUAUCUUAACACUUUCAUUAAUCCUGCACGUUAAGAAAUUGCAUGCAAAGCAUGUGUAAAUUCUAUUGAAAAGUAUAGUAGAUGUACUAGAGGCUGACACGCAGUGUUCUGACCUUAUAUCAAGUACUGCGGUUUCAUAGUGGACAUUUCUUCAGCAAUGGGCUGUAAAAACUGCUGCAAUGUUUGCCUCCAAUGUCUCUUUGGUUAUGAAACCAAUGUAAUGCUGGUUAUUAAUAACAAAACUGUGGGAGCCCUCUUCAGACUGAUCCAGUUGUUGAUCAUCGCCUAUGUUGCUGUAUAUGUCUGCUGGAUUCAGCGCGCUUACCAGGACACAGACUCUGUGAUCAGCUCGGUCAGCACAAAGGUGAAAGGAAACAUUUUGACCAAUUCAUCCAUUGAGGGGGUUCAUGUUUGGGACGUACCUGAAUAUGUUAUCCCACCCCAGGGAGAAAACUCUUUCUUUGUGUUAACAAAUAUGAUUCUGACUCCAGGCCAGACACAGAGCAAGUGUCCUGAGGUACGAUCGAACGCUUCCAUAUGUUUUGUCCAUUUUCACACAAGAAGAGAAUGUUGCAUUACAAAUUAUUCAUUUUUACAGAUUCCAAGUGAAGUCACUAAGUGUGAAUCUGUCAGUGAUUGCAGAGAGGGACACAAUGAAGUCCAUGGCAAUGGUGUUCAGACUGGACAUUGUGUGAAGUACUCUGAUACCAUCAAAACCUGUGAGGUGCAGGCAUGGUGUCCGCUUGAAAACGACACCAUCAUUCCAAAACCUGCUCUUCUAGGUGCAGCAGAGGACUUUACAGUGCUCAUCAAAAACAGCAUACAAUAUCCAAAGUUCAAUUUUAGAAAGCGAAACAUUCUGCAUCACAUCAACUCCACAUACUUAAAAAACUGCACCUUUGAUCGUAAAACAAACCCUCACUGUCCUAUUUUUCGUCUGGGGAACAUGUUAACUGAGGCAGGAGAGGACUUCAGCGUCAUGGCUCUUAAAGGUGGUAUUAUGGGGAUUUUCAUUGACUGGAAUUGUGACUUGGACUUCCCAGAACGUUUCUGCAUUCCCAAGUAUUCUUUUAGCAGACUGGACAACAAAAAUCCUGAAAAUAACGUUGCCCCUGGCUACAAUUUCCGAUUUGCUAAAUAUUAUAAAAACAAUGAAAACAUUGAAACACGGACAUUGAUAAAGGCCUUUGGAAUCCGUUUUGAUGUCAUCGUGUUUGGGAUGGCUGGUAAAUUCAAUAUUGUGCCCACUAUUGUCAAUCUUGGUGCCACUCUUGCCUUUCUUAGUUUGGUGACUGCUGUUUGUAACUGGGUCAUGCUUACUUGUAUGAAGGACCGUGACUACUAUGCCAAACAUAAAUUUAUUCACCUGAACCAAAAAGGUGACAGUGUGCCACUGAGCUCCAUGGAGACAACCUCAUAUGGGACUCCAUGAUGGAGGGAACUGGACACUUUUACCGCACUUAAAACCAGUAAAACUCAAUAUGUUCUUGUAUAUAUACACAAUAAACACACUACUCUUCAAAAGCUUGGGGCUGG